AUGUCAAAUCCAAAUAAUCGAUCUGGCGGGUAUAGACCUGAUCCUCGAUUAUCACAAUCACCUUAUGCAAUGAGACCGCCAUCAUCAUCGCCUCAGAUGCAGCAUCAACAGCAGCAGCAGUCAAGAGGAAGAGUUCAAUCUUACGGCAUGGAUCAGUUUAAUCGUCCUCGUCCUCCACCUCAUAACCAGCAACAGCAACAGCAGCAAAGACGCCCUCCCUCUCAUCAACAACCGCAAUCCAGACAGUCUGGCAACUACAUGUAUCAGUCCUCCAGACAGCCAAAUCAACAACCUUCUCCACAGCGCAUGCCUCAAGGUGGUGGAAGACCCAUGAGACCUCCACAGCAGCAGCCCAUGGUACCUCCGGGCCCAAUGGGUGGUCAGGGCCCUUAUCGCAGAGUGAGUAUGAAUCGAUCUAGAUCUCUCUCUCGUCCUGAGAGACAGCGUCCUCGUCAAGGUAUGAUUCGAUCUCCUUCUCAACAGCAGCGCAUGCAACAGCAGCAGAGAUACUAUGGUGGAAAUAUGCAGCAACAGCAGCCUGGCGCCGGUCACCCACAACAGAGACCUCGUCCUAAUAACUAUCCAAUGCCCAAUCGCCUGCAGAGUCAAUUGCAGCAACAAAAAAUGCAACAACAACAGCAGCAGCAAGAGGCCCUAUUGAAUCAGCCGCAAAUGUCACAACAGCAGCAGAAGAAGCCACCUGUGCCAGAAGAAAAGGUCAAAGUGCUCACCAGUUGGUGGGCAUGGCUCGCUUUCUUGAUGACCUGCUGUAUUCCUAAUUGGUUUUUACGUGUAUGCUUGAGAAAACGAAACGCUAUGGUGCAGCAAGCAUGGAGAGAAAAAUUGUCCUUGUGUUAUAUCAUCCUGCUCUUGUGUGGUGCGCUUGCCUUUAUUACCUACGGUCUCAAUAAGACACUGUGUCCUACACCUGAUGUCAAUUCGCCCUUCUCCAGAGUGACAAACGGUGCCCGUAUUCCAGUGUAUUACAGCGAUGUUCGAGUAUUUGGUACCAUCUACCCCAUGGACGUCAUGAAGCAAUUUUUCCAGAACAAGGGCAUGAACUUGACAAACGACUAUGAGAACACUGACAUUAGCAGCAUUUUUGACGGUGAUACGACGGGUGCAUGCGCCAAAUACCCCUCCAUGAAACUGACCAACUGUGCUCUCAACAACCCCUACGGCGGCACCUUCCCUGCUCCCAACAAUACCUGUUUCUCUCUUGUUGAACUGCAGCGCUUCUUUAGAUCUUCAGCUGUUCUUGGCUUUGACUGGCAAGACCUAAAUAAAAACUUGGUGUAUGGUCGUGGCCUAGCCUUAGUAGGUGAUUCAGUACUGAAUCUGACAAAAUUCCUGAAUAAUCCCACUCCUCCUUUUGGGGCCGAUGUGGAUCGUGCUAUACGUAACAACCUAGCAAAUGAUUUAUCAUAUGCUCUCCUGUACUCUCAAGCAGGCAAAGAUGCUCGCAAGUGUCUUGUCGCUCGCUACAAGGUCGGCAUCAUGGAAACCGAGACGGGUGGCUGUAUCGCGGAUUCCAUGAUCAUGACACUCAUGUUGGUGGUUAUCAUUGUCAUGAUUGUCAUUCGUUAUUCGAUGGCAUUGCUCUUCCAAUGGUUCAUCAGUCGUCGAUUGACCAAGCCUGGUGGCAGAUCAAAUUGGUUAGCUUGGCGUUCCAUCAAAGGUGGUAAUAACGAUCCUGCAAACCAUAUUCCUGGACCCUACAACAACUACGGCGUGGUUCAGAACGCAUCUUCAACUUCGUUGGGUUCAGGUUCAUCUCGUAACACCCCUUUUAGCGAGCAAAGCUCUGCUGUUGGUUUAGGUGGCGCACAAUCCGAUAUUGUCACUACUGAGCUGUACACCGUCAUGUUGGUAACAUGUUACUCUGAAGGCGAAGAAGGUCUUCGCAUCACCAUGGACAGUUUGGCGGAAACUACCUUUUCCAAGAAGCACAAGAUUUUCUUUGUUAUUGCUGAUGGUAUGAUUACAGGUCAUGGUGAGACCAAAUCGACUCCGGACAUUGUUGUCAGCAUGAUGGAUCUCGAUCCUACCAUGACUAAUCCUAAGCCAGCAUCAUACCUUGCCAUUGCGGACGGAGAGAAGCAACUGAACAUGGCUAAAGUGUAUGCCGGCCAUUACAAAGGUGUUCCUUGUAUUACCAUUGUUAAAUGUGGUACAGAAGAAGAAGCUAAUCUUCCUAAAGCUGGUAAUCGUGGUAAACGUGAUUCCCAACUCAUCUUAAUGAGUUACUUUCAACGUGUCUUGUUCAAUGAUCGCUUAUCCGAGCUGGAUUAUGAAAUAUUCUGGAAGAUGACAUGGUUGAUGAAAGGUGUUACACCUGAUAAAUUUGAAUUGGUCUUGAUGGUGGAUGCUGAUACCAAGGUUCUACCUGAUGCUUUGACUUAUAUGGUGGCUGCUAUGGCUAACGACAUUACUAUCAUGGGCUUGUGUGGUGAAACCAGAAUUGCCAACAAACGAUCAUCCUGGGUCACUGCUAUUCAGGUCUUUGAAUACUACAUUUCUCAUCACUAUGCCAAAGCAUUUGAAUCCCUGUUUGGUAUUGUCACUUGCUUGCCUGGUUGUUUCAGUAUGUACCGUAUCAAGUCGCCCAAGAACGGUGCCUGGGUGCCCAUCUUGGCUAACCCUGAUAUCAUCUUGGAGUACAAUCAGAACGUGGUGACUACAUUGCAUGAAAAGAAUCUGCUGUUGCUCGGUGAAGAUCGUUUCUUGUCGACUCUGAUGUUGCGUACAUUCCCCAGACGUCAAAUGAUGUUUGUACCUCAGGCACGCUGUAAGACAGUGGUACCUGAUGAGUUCAAGGUGCUGCUCUCUCAGCGUCGUCGUUGGAUCAAUUCGACUGUGCACAACUUGAUGGAAUUGGUGUUGGUAUCUGACCUCUGUGGUAUUGCUUGUUUGUCCAUGCAGUUCUCUGUGUUUAUUGAUUUGAUCGGUACUCUGGUAUUGCCUGCUGCUAUCGUCAUGACCGUUUACUUGAUUGUGAAUACAGCCAUUUCAAGUGACCCUCAAUGGCAAUCGCUUGCUCUGUUGAUUGCUAUUCUUGGUCUUCCUGCAGUCCUGAUUUCAAUCACCACCUUUAAAUUCAUUUAUGUGCUAUGGAUGCUUGUGUACCUCAUUGCUUUGCCCAUUUGGAAUCUUGUUCUGCCCCUCUACUCAUUCUGGCAUUUCGAUGACUUCAGUUGGGGCGCUACGCGUGUUGUAGUAGGCGAAAAGAAGGGUGAUUCGCAUGGAGACGCAGACGGUAAAUUCGAUCCAACUCGCCUUGUCAUGAAGAAGUGGGAGGACUGGGAGACUGAGAGAACAGGUCAGAAAUUCAACAAGAAGAUGACACUCAAGACGCCUCUCGAUUCACCUGCAGCAUUUGACGGUAAAAACACAGUUACGCCUGCUACUGUUUCAUCUUUUGGUACCAUAUUUAAUGAUAGAAAAAUGUUUGGUGCUUCUCCUGCACCCACAAUUACAUCCUCACAAUAA